AUGAACUUUGGCGACAGCGGCAGCAAUGCCAGGCCUGGUCAUGGUCUGCCACAAAUCGAGACCAACGACAUUGCUCUGGCCGACAUUAGUCUGCAGAAAGGUGGAAAUCCAUUGAAGCUAACAGCGCCCUGGGAGACACAGCCACCGGUGCAUGCUUCGUUGCUGAGUAUCGCAAGUGCGAAGGGAAUUCUAGCAGUGGCUGGGCCAUCGUCGUUGGUCAUCGCAAACACUGAGUCGCUUCGGAGGCAAGCAAUUCCCAAGAGACUGGAGAAAGGCGAGGAGCGCCUAAUCAGAGAGAAUGGAGCACAUCUGAUCAUCGAUACGCCUCGCUUGUCGCAUGUCGCAUUCAGCGCAGAUGAGAGCUGUCUGGUCAUCGUCUCUGAUCAAGGAGGAGGUCUGGCUGUAUAUGACACCAAUGCGCUCGUCAGCGGCAAUAAGGAGCCCGCCUUCUCUAUCGGCACAAACGGUGUGAGCGUGCGACAUCUUCUGCCUAAUCCCAACCCGGAUGAGGCGAGCGCACAUCUCUUUGCCAUCGUCUUGACGAAUGGCCAGCUUCUGCUUGCAGAUCUCAAAGCACGAAAUCUGCGCAAAGGUCAGAGCAGCGAAGCAUUUCACGACAAUGUCUUUAGCGCAUGCUGGUCGAAAUUGGGCAAGCAAAUCAUUGCCGGCAAAGGAGACGGCAGCUGUGCUCAGAUCGACCCACAAGGCGUUCUAAAAGACUCGAUA